ACUUCUGUUAUCGGCUGUUGUCUUGGAAGUUUCCCUCAUGUUCAAAUAGCCUCCUCUUCCCCCUGCAAUUGGGAUGAUGAUGAUGAAUCGCAAAUCCUGCUUCCUCAGUCAUUCCUCUAUUCUACUCCUCGUUCUUAUAUUGUAGUUCUGCGUUUGGAUUAGUCACUUUUUUUCUGUUUAUUUUCCAGCUUACUUGCUUUCCCUUCUUCUAAGGGAGGCUAAAUUGUAACUUACCGACAAAAAAUGGCCUCCGCUUUUCUCUUCGCCGUUGCUCUGCUAUUGGCGGCAACCAUAGCUCUUGGAUUUCCGGCGUCUCUGACUCUGGAGAGGGCGUUUCCGUCCAAUCACGGAGUGGAGUUGAGUCAGCUGAGAGCUCGGGACAGCCUCAGGCAUCGGAGAAUGUCGCAGUCUUCAAACGGUGUGGUCGAUUUCUCAGUUUCAGGAACUUUCGAUCCCUUCCAAGUCGGGCUUUACUAUACCAAAGUGCAGUUAGGCUCUCCUCCAACAGAAUACUACGUGCAAAUUGACACUGGCAGUGAUGUUCUCUGGGUUGGUUGCCGCUCCUGCAAUGGCUGUCCUCUGACAAGUGGACUCCAAAUUCAACUCAAUUUUUUUGACCCUGGGAGUUCUUCAACAGCUUCAUCGAUCUCUUGUUCUGACCAAAGAUGCAGAACCGGAGUUCAAUCAUCAGAUGCUAGCUGUGCCAGCCAGAACAACCAGUGUGCUUACACAUUCCAAUACGGAGAUGGCAGCGGGACAUCAGGCUAUUAUGUGUCUGACUUGAUGCACUUUAAUACCAUUUUUGAGGGAUCUGUAACUUCUAAUUCUUCAGCCCCUGUAGUUUUUGGGUGUAGCAUCCAGCAGACUGGUGACUUGACAAAGUCUGAUAGAGCUGUUGAUGGGAUAUUCGGGUUUGGACAACAGCAGAUGUCUGUCGUUUCCCAGCUUGCCUCACAAGGCAUGGCGCCAAGAGUGUUCUCCCACUGUCUGAAAGGAGAUAACACUGGUGGGGGCAUUUUGGUUCUUGGUGAGAUUGUGGAGCCAAAUAUAGUUUAUACUCCACUUGUUCCGUCGCAGCCUCAUUACAAUUUAAAUCUGCAGAGUAUCGCAGUCAAUGGCCAAAUAUUAUCCAUCGAUUCAUCUGUUUUUGCAACAUCAAGCAACCGAGGUACCAUUAUUGAUUCUGGAACAACUCUGGCAUACCUUGCAGAAGAGGCUUAUGAUCCCUUUGUCAGUGCGGUUACAGCUACAGUUCCACAAUCCAUACGAACUGUCCUUUCCCGUGGGAACCAAUGCUACUUAAUCACCACCAGCAUCUCUGAUAUUUUUCCUCUAGUAAGUCUGAACUUUGCCGGUGGUGCGUCUAUGGUUUUAAGACCACAGGACUACCUCAUACAGCAGACUUCAAUUGGUGGUGCAGCAAUGUGGUGUAUUGGCUUUCAGAAAAUUCAGGGUCAGGGAAUAACAAUAUUAGGAGAUCUUGUAUUAAAAGACAAAAUUUUUGUUUAUGAUCUGGCUGGUCAGCGCAUUGGAUGGGCUAACUACGAUUGUUCUUUGUCGGUUAAUGUCUCAGCAUCAACUGGCACGGGCAGAAGUGAGUAUGUGAAUGCAGGGGAGCUAAGUGGCACCACUUCUUUACGUGAAGGGAUAAAGGCAGGAAUCUUGGCUUUCUUGAUAAUGCACAUAACGCUGAUAAGCUGCAUUGUAUUUUUGUAGCAUAUCAUGUGGGAUUGGAUUCACAAUUAUUAUUCUUUUUUCUUUCUUUGUAUAUUAUUCUCUUGCCGGGGCAUAAUUGUGGCAAUCGGCAAGUCAGCAUGUUUAUUAUUUUGAUUGUGGCUUCUAAUCUGUAUUAGUUCCUGCUGUUCAUGUUUGGGGAUACAAGGAGAUAAAGUUAUACGAAAAUGAGAGGAUAGAUGAGUGUGUGUGUGUGUGUGUGUGUGUAUUUCUUCAUAUA